CUGACAUUUGGGGGAUAUCUGUACUGUCUGACAUUUGGGGGAUAUCUGUACUGUCCUGACAUUUGGAGGGAUAUCUGUACUGUUCUGACAUUUGGGGGAUAUCUGUACUGUCCUGACAUUUGGGGGAUAUCUGUACGUCCUGACAUUUGGGGGAUAUCUGUACUGUUCUGACAUUUGGGGGAUAUCUGUACUGUCCUGACAUUUGGGGAUAUCUGUACUGUCCUGACAUUUGGGGGAUAUCUGUACUAUUCUGACAUUUGGGGGAUAUCUGUGCUGUCCUGACAUUUGGGGGAUAUCUGUACUGUCCUGACAUUUGGGGGAUAUCUGUACUGUCCUGACAUUUGGGGGAUAUCUGUACCGUCCUGACAUUUGGGGGAUAUCUGU